CCUCUUCUUUUGCAGUGUGUGCAAGCUUUUGAGUUUCUUUCUUCGUCUUCCCAGAGUAACAAGCCUUAUCGAAGCAAUUAAACCUACUAAAGAAUGAAGAUGAAGUCCGCUGUUGUGCAGUUUUACGUUAUCUCUCUUCUCCUUUCAUCUUCUUUGUUCAUGCUUUCAAACGCCGAUUCGUCACCAUGCAACGGAAAAUGCAACGUGAGAUGUUCGAAGGCAAGAAUCCAAGAUCGGUGUCUAAAGUACUGCAAAAUAUGUUGCGGGAAGUGUGAUUACUGUGUCCCCUCAGGCACUUAUGGAAACAAAGACGAGUGUCCUUGUUACCGCGAUAUGAAGAACUCCAAAGGCGGACCCAAAUGUCCUUGAACUCGUUUUUGAAGAUCAUCCUCAUAGACAUCAUAUCUGCCAUAUUAC